AUGUGCCACUUUCAGGUCUCCUCACACUGCUGGUGUGUUCAAUUUUUUUGACAUAGGGUGCUGGCAGAUUACGGGCCUCCCAUAGCUGCUGCCAGGCCCCUAAUCUGCCAUGGGCCCCUGUACCGCCUCCUCAUGCUGCUGCCAGGCCCGUAAUCUGCCAUGGGCCCCCGUACCAACUCCUCAUGCUGCUGCCAGGCCCGUAAUCUGUCAUGGGCCCCUGUACCGCCUCCUCAUGCUGCUGCCAGGUCCAGAGUGUGUCAUGGGUCCCUGUACGGCCUCCCAUUGCUGCUGUCUCCAUCGCCACACUCUGCCAUGUGCCACUUUCAGUCUCCUCACACUGCUGGUGGUUUCCAUUUUUGUCAUAGGGUGCUGUAUGGCCUCCCAUUGCUGCUGCCUCCACCGCCACACUGUGGCUCCACACUCUGGUUUGGCCCCGUGACUGCCCAAAUGAGUGAAGUGUGCGAUGAUUCUAAGAUCGACGGCACUCAUCUGCAUGUCAUACUGACUGUCAGUAUUAUUUCUCUUCCCCCAGCAGACUCCAAGGGCAUUUAAAUUAAAGGUACAGUGUUCUGCACUAAUAUAA